AAGGAUCCUGUUUGAGUGGUCUAUCAACCCGUGGCACGAAUUGCAUCACUCGGUAGACAAUCUAGUGCAUCUCCCUUUAUGUGCGCACAGCGUGCACACUAUCCUACGUGGUGGACUGCCUGUACGCAGGUUUAUACGAGCCCACAACUGGUAUCAACUUCGUUACCCUCCCGCCCUUCGAACCUUACCACUCUCUCCAACUUCGUAUUAUGGAGGUCAUAGCUCGAGCUUCAAGCCUCGAGGGCGGAUCAGGACAUACAGUCCGUUACCCUCCUAGCCCACCCGGGACUGAGAGCAAUUCGAGAAGAGAGUCGAAUACAGGUAUUAGUCAGGAGACCGAUGAGUUACCUAGUAACGUCAAGGGACUGAGGCCUGGGGUUACAGCCGUAUAUCCCCUUCCUCCGAAGAGCAGAACCGACAAUGAGGUACUACCAGAGGAUGUCAAAACGCCAGACAGCCACGUCGUACGAGAUCCUCGGUUAAUUCGUUUGACGGGAGUCCAUCCCUUCAACGUUGAACCACCGUUAAGCGAGCUCUUCGAUGAGGGCUUCCUCACAACGAAAGAUCUCCACUACGUCCGCAACCACGGAGCCGUACCCCGCGUAAAAGAUGAAGAGGUCAUGAGGUGGGAGUUUACGAUAGAAGGAAUGGUUGAUAACCCAAUCAAAAUGACCUUGGCACAACUGCUAAAUGACUAUGUUCAAGUGACAUAUCCAGUCACCCUUGUUUGCGCGGGAAACCGGAGGAAAGAGCAGAACAUAGUAAGGAAAACGAAAGGGUUCUCUUGGGGGGCCGCGGGUCUGUCGACAGCGCUAUGGACCGGCGUUGUGAUCGGCGACCUCCUAAAGACUGCCGGGCCAAAGCGGGGGGCCAAGUACGUGUGCUUCGAAGGCGCUGACAAACUGCCUAAUGGGUACUAUGGGACAUGUGUCAAGAAAAAUUGGGCAAUUGAUCCUAACCGGGGGAUCCUCGUCGCCCACAGGAUGAACGGCGAGCCGCUCACUCCUGACCAUGGGAUGCCCCUUCGAAUUAUCGUGCCAGGGCAAAUCGGCGGCAGGAGUGUGAAGUGGCUGAAGAGGAUAAUUGUCACAGCAGAACCCAGCGACAAUUGGUACCACAUCUACGACAAUAGGGUAUUGCCAACGAUGAUAAAUCCCGAGAUGAGUGCCAACAUGCCGGAUGCUUGGAAGGACGAACGCUACGCUAUCUACGACCUCAAUACGAACAGCGCCACCUGUUAUCCAGCCCACGGCGAAAGAUUGCCGCUGGCCGAUAGCCUUAAAAGCUAUCUAGUUCGCGGUUAUGCGUACGCCGGCGGAGGGAAGAGAGUUACAAGAGUGGAGGUUACGCUUGAUAAAGGGAAAUCGUGGGUGCUUGCCGAUAUCUCAUACCCUGAGGACGACUAUCGGCUCGCGCCGGACGAGCAAGAACUAUAUGGCGGGCGGUUGGAUAUGUAUUGGAGGGAAACUUGCUUCUGCUGGUGCUUUUGGACCCUGGAUAUUCCGGUUUCUCAAUUGGAAGCAGCAGAUGAUAUACUGGUGCGAGCAAUGGACGAGUCCAUGAUGGUUCAGCCUCGAGACAUGUACUGGAGUGUUUUGGGCAUGAUGAACAACCCUUGGUUCAGGGUCGUCAUUCACAAAGAAAUACACACACUACGUUUCGAGCACCCAACACAGCCGGCGUUGAUUCCUGGAGGGUGGAUGGAGCGAGUGAAGAAGGCCGGAGGUAAUCUAUCGAAUGGUUAUUGGGGCGAGAGAUUAUCAGGAGAAGACGACGAUGCUGCCGAAGAGGAACAAGCAAGAGAAAUUCCCAUGGUUAAGAAAGAGGUUGACCGGGUAAUAAAAAUCGACGAACUGAAGGAGCAUGGAGGCGAGGUUGAGCCAUGGUUUGUGGUCAAUGGCCAAGUCUAUGACGGAACCGCGUUCUUAGAAGAGCAUCCUGGAGGAGCGACAUCGAUUUUCGGCAGUGCCGGACAGGAUGCCAGCGAGGAUUUCCUCGCCAUUCAUAGCGAGAAUGCUAAGGCGAUGCUUGCCGAUUACCACAUAGGUACCCUCGAUGAAGCAUCGCGGGUCGCCCUGGCCAACGGGAAAGCGGAAAUUGCCGAUACGCCAUUGACACCGCAACAGACAUUCCUACAGCCUAAAUUAUGGAAAAAGGCGAUUCUAUCGUGCAGGAAGAAAGUUUCGAGCGAUACCAAACUCUUCACCUUCGACCUCGAGCAUGCCGAGCAGACUUCCGGGCUACCUAUCGGCCAGCACUUGAUGGUGCGGCUACGCGACCCUGCGACGCGGGAGGCCAUCAUACGAUCUUACACGCCCGUCUCCGAGAGUAGGACAAAGGGGAAAAUAGACGUGCUUGUCAAGAUAUAUUACGACACACCUGAGAGACAAGGUGGCAAGAUGACGCAGGCGCUCGACUCAAUCCCGCUCGGCCAUUUUGUCGAGUUCAGGGGCCCCGUAGGCAAGUUCCAGUACCUUGGACGGAGCCUCUGCUUGGUGCAAGGCCGACAGCGACGUGUCAGGCGCUUCAUCAUGAUUUGUGGCGGGUCCGGGGUCACACCUAUAUUCCAGGUCCUCCGCGCGGUGAUGACCGACCCCGAUGACCCCACCGCCUGUCUCGUCCUCGACGGCAACCGCGCCGAGGAGGACAUCCUGUGCAAGGAGGACCUCGACCGGAUGGCUACCGACAACUCUCACAGGUGCCGUCUGCUAUACACGCUUAGCAAUCCCUCGCCGUCGUGGAGCGGUCUCAUGGGCAGGAUAGAUAGGGCCCUUCUCGAGAGAGAAGUCGGUCCUUGCGAGAAUGCUGCUGGCGGUGGCGACAUGGUACUCGUAUGUGGCCCUGAACCACUCGAGAAGAGCGUCCACCAUGUGAUGGGCGGCAUGGGCUGGAUGGAUGAGGACCUCCUAUUUUUUUAGGCACCCUCGGGAGGAGUGUAGACAGAAGUACCGGGAAUUCUGAUGUGCAUAAUUUUGAGCCUACCACACGAGGUUCGUAAGGAUAUACCGUAGAUAAGGCACGUACGUAAGGGGGCACAAGAGACAAUUAUCCUUACCCGCGAAAGACCACAUGGGUAGUCAU